UGUAGUCUUAAAUUAUUCACAUAUAUUCACUGCUGCGCACCAACGUGCAGGUACAUCUUUCUAGAAAUUGCGCUAUGAUUUGGACGAUACUUUUGCUUGUCCAGAGCAUGCUUCUCUUAUUCGUACUUGUUUCGAAACGCUCCAGGUCAGAGAAAGAGCCACCUUUAGACAAAGGAGUUAUUCCAUGGUUAGGCCACGCCCUUGAGUUUGGAAGAGAUGCUGCCAAGUUUCUAAACCGUAUGAAGGUGAAGCAUGGCGAUAUCUUCACGGUGCGUGUGGCUGGGCGCUAUGUGACAGUGCUACUGGACCCCAGCUCUUAUGAUGCUGUGAUAGAGGACUCUGUGUCCCUAGACUUCACACGCUACGCACAGGUUCUCAUGGACAGAAUAUUCAGCCUGCAGCUCCCCCAUCACAACCCUGCUGUAGAGAAGGCCCUAACAAAACAGCACUUUGAGGGCGGGAGCCUAUCCUGCCUGAGCAGCACCAUGCACCGCCACCUUCAGUCCCUGCUGCUGCAAGCCCAGAGGCCCUGUCACAACCAGACCGACUGGAACACGGACGGGCUCUUCAGCUUCUGUUACAGUCUUCUCUUCAGGGCAGGGUACCUCACACUUUUUGGAGGGGAGCAGAACAACAACAGAACAGAUCCCACUGACGUCUAUGAGGAGUACCGGAAGUUUGACAACCUCCUGACCAAAAUGGCCAGGACCACACUGAAACCAGAGGAGAAGCGGACCGCCCAGAGUGUGAGGGGGCGUCUGUGGGAGUUGUUGGCCCCGGCGGGGCUGGGAGAGGGCUCCGGGUCCAGCCCCUGGCUGAGAGACUACAGGCACCUUCUGCAGGAAGAGGGAGCUGACGAGGAAACUCAGAGGAGAGCCCUGCUGCUGCAGCUGUGGGCCACACAGGGUAACGUUGGACCUGCUGCAUUCUGGCUGUUAGGUUUCCUGUUGACAAACCCUGAGGCCAUGAGGGCGGUGAGAAGAGAGUUCAGCAGCAUCUCCGAGCAGGACUCUGCAAAGUGUCCCCUACUGGACAGGCUGCAGCACACACCUGUGUUUGACAGUGCCUUAGAGGAGACUCUGAGGCUCAGUGCUGCCCCAUUCAUCACCAGAGAGGUAGUGCAGGAAAAGACCCUGCAAAUGGCCAAUGGGCAGGAGUACCAGCUCAGGAGGGGGGACAGAGUGUGUCUGUUCCCCUUCAUUAGCCCUCAGAUGGAUCCUGAGAUCCACCAGGAACCACAGAGAUUCAAGUAUGAACGCUUCCUCAACAAGGACGGAUCUGUGAAGAAGGACUUCUUUAAAGGAGGGAGACGGCUCAAGUACUACACCAUGCCAUGGGGCGCAGGCACCAACGGCUGUGUGGGCAAACGCUUUGCCAUCAACUCCAUCAGACAGUUUGUGUAUCUGGUCCUGUCUCAUCUGGAACUGGAGCGGUGUGACUCAGAGGCUCAGAUGCCAGAGGUGAACUCCAGUCGCUAUGGGUUUGGAAUAUUGCAGCCUGAAGGAGACCUGGCCAUCAGAUAUAAACCUAGACUUUCACAUUGAAGACAUGACGUUGAGAUCUCUCAAACCAGACGUGAAGUCUGGUUUGUGAAGUUUAGGCUAAUUUCAAAAAAAUGUAUGACAAUAUGUCCAUAUAAUGUAUUGUAUCUAUUUUUGUAUCAGCACAAAUGUACAGUGUAAUGUGUUAUUUAUCUUUAAUUAUAAUGUAUAUAUUUCACUUUAAAAUUGUCACUUCAUAACAAUACAAUUGUUUUUUGUUCUAGA